CUGAGGAGGGUGUGGCCUGGAAAACGGCUUUUAGACAAAACUGUCGCUUUGUGGCUCCACCAUGUGUAGACAUGGCACUUCUGCUGUUUUCAGGAUAGUGAGCAGACCCCUCUCCUGUUCUCCACACUUCUGAAGCUUCUGGCCCCCUAUCUGGGCUCUGGCUUCUCCCCAGCCUUGGAGGAAGGAGAAGACCUCGUGGGUACUGCUUCCUGCCACCAAGGGUUUCUAGACAUUGGCCUUGAGUAUGACGACUCAGAAAGACUCACAGGACAACACCAUCGUCAGACUAGCAGCUCACUUACCGGACCUCAUUGUCUAUGGGAAUUUCUCCCCAGAGCGACCUUCUGUGGAUUAUUUUGAUGGCGUCCUGAUGUUCGUGGAUAUUUCAGGUUUCACCGCGAUGACGGAGAAGUUCAGCACAGCCAUGUACAUGGACCGAGGGGCCGAGCAGCUGGUGGACAUCCUGAACCACUACAUAAGCGCCAUCGUGGAGAAAGUGUUGCUUUUUGGAGGAGACAUCCUAAAAUUUGCAGGUGACGCACUGCUAGCCCUGUGGAAGGUGGAACGGAAGCAACUGAACAACAUCAUCACUGUGGUUGUCAAAUGUAGCCUGGAGAUCCAUGGCCUCUUUGAAAACAAGGACAUGGAAGAAGAAGGCCUGGAUAUUCGAGUGAAGAUAGGGCUGUCCGCCGGCCACAUCACCAUGGUGGUCUUUGGGGACGAAAAGCACAAUUAUUUCCUGGUGACUGGCCAGGCCGUGGAAGACGUGCGCAUGGCACAGAACAUGGCGCUGAUGAACGACGUCAUCCUGUCCCCCAACUGCUGGCAGCUCUGUGACCGGAGCAUGAUUGAAAUCGAGAGGAUUCCGGAGCAGAGAGCAGUGAAGGUUAAGUUCUUAAAACUACCCCCUACUUUUAACUUUGAAGAGUUUUUCAAAAAGUGUAUGGCCUUCAUGAGUUUUUACCCUCCUAGUCAGCUCAAAACGCUGAGGCUGGCCUGCUUGCUGGAGUCCAAUGCGGAGCUGGAGGAGUCGCUGCAGAAGUACGUGAUGGAGAGCAUCCAGAAGCAGAUUGAUGACAGGCAGCUCCGGGGCUAUCUGUCUGAGCUUCGCCCGGUGACGAUUGUGUUUGUGAACCUGAUAUUUAAAGAGCAAAACAAGGUGGAAGCCGUAGGCUCGGCCAUCCAGGACGCCUGUGAGCACAUUAUCUCCACCCUGCAGGCCUUCCGAGGCCAGAUCAAUAAAGUCUUCAUGUUUGACAAGGGCUGCUCUUUCCUGUGCGUCUUUGGUUUCCCUGGGGAGAAGGAGCCCAACGAGGUCACUCAUGCUUUGGAAAGUGCUGUGGACAUAUUCGACUUCUGCUCUCAGGUGCCCAAGAUCGAUACGGUGUCCAUUGGCGUGGCCAGCGGCAUUGUCUUCUGUGGAAUCAUCGGACACAUGAUGCGACACGAGUACACAGUCAUUGGUCAGAAAGUCAACAUCGCCGCCAGGAUGAUGAUGUACUACCCGGGAAUCGUGACCUGUGACUCCGUCACCUACAACAGCAGCAACCUACCAGCCUACUUUUUUAAAGAGCUCCCGAAGAAAGUUAUGAAAGGCGUGGCAGAUGCAGGACCAGUCUAUCAGUGCUUGGGCCUCAAUGAGGAAGUUGUGUUUGGUAUGGCGUACCUCAGGACCAAAGGAAAUGAGAGCUACCCUUUGCUGGGACGUGAUAAGGAGAUCAAGUACUUCAUGGAUAAUAUGAAGAAGUUUCUGAUUUCCGGCUACAGCCGUAUCCUCAUAUACGAAGGCAUAGCGGGCUAUGGGAAGAGCCAGAUCCUCAAGGAGAUCGAGUACCUGGCCCAGGGGGAGAGGCACAGGACUGUUGCUAUUGCACUGACGAAGGUCAGCUUCCAGCAGAAUUUCUAUACCAUGCAAAUACUCAUGGCCAAUGUGCUGGGUCUGGAUACUUGCAAACAUUACAAGGAGCGCCAGACCAAGCUUCAAAGUACAGUCAGGAAACUGAUGGAUGAGAAGUUCUUCUGCCUCCUUAAUGACAUUUUCCACGUCCAGUUUCCCACUUCCCGGGAGAUUUCCAGGAUGAGCAGCUUGAGAAAGCAAAAGCAAGUGGAAAAACUGUUUACGAAGCUCUUGGACAAAACAGUGAGAAGUGAAAGGAUUAUUUUAAUCAUUGACGAGGCCCAGUUUGUGGACAGGACCUCCUGGGUUUUCAUGGAGAAGCUGAUCCAAACAGUGCCCAUCUAUAUCAUCAUGUCCCUGUCGCCCCCUGUCGAAGAUCUCUGUGCCGCUGCCAGCAACAUCAUGAAGAACAGGAACACCACCUAUGUCACGCUUGGCGCAGUUCAGUCCAAGGACAUCCGCAACAAGACCUGCUUUGACCUCAACGUGAGCAGCAUCUCCAGAGAGCUGGACAUGUACCUGGUGGAGGGCAGCUGUGGGAUUCCAUUUUACUGUGAAGAGUUGGUGCUCAACCUCGACCACCACAAGGUCCUCCACUUCCGGCAGGUGGGGUCCCAGGAGAAGACCAACGUGACCUGGAACAACAUGUUCAAGAGUUUCAUUAAGCCAACAGAUGAAUUAAAAAUAUAUUUUAAUGCGGAGGAGGGAAAUGAUGUAACCUGUAACCUCGCAAGUGGUGUCAGACUGAAAAACUUGUCACUCCCAACGUCAUUAAAAGAGGUCUCCCUGAUCCAGCUGGACAGCAUGAGCCUCUCCCACCAGAUGCUGGUGAGAUGCGCAGCGAUCACGGGCCUGACCUGCACCACGGAGCUGCUGUUCGAGAUCCUCCCUUGCUGGGACAUGAAGAUGAUGAUUGAGGCCCUUACCACGUUGGUGGAAGAUGAUGUCUUUGAUUGUUUCCAGACCGGCAGGGACCUCCGACUGGCCCAGCAGCAGGACGCCUCCUUCGAGGUGCACCACCGUUCCUCCGCCCUGCAGUCCCGCGACGGGUCGGAUGACAAAGACAAAGAUGAUGAGUUCCAGGAACUGCGCAAUGAGGUGAUCCAGUGCCACAUCAUCCGAUUCCGUAGGCCUAUGAUGCAGAAAACCGCCUACGAGCUGUGGCUCAAGGACGAGAAGAAAGCCAUGCAUUUGAAAUGUGCCCACUUCCUGGAGGAAAAUGCCCGCAGAUGUGACCACUGCAGGGGCACCGACUUCGUUCCCUACCACCACUUUGCAGUGGAUAUUUGGCUCAACAAACUGGACAUGGCCACCAUGAAGCAGCUGGCUAAUUCCCACAGUUACCAACGUAAAGAAGAGAUUCCUGCUUCUAAGCCAGAGCUUCAAGAGAAAUCCGAGUUGUUCCCUGGAGAUCUCAGUCCUGAGGAAAUAAAAGACAAGAUCUUGGAGUUCUUUGACACCGUGAUUACCAAAAUGAAGGAAGAUGAGGAACAACUCCUCCCUCAGAAGCCCUGCCAGUGUGAGGAGGUCCUCACCAUCGUCAUCCUGCCUCUGGCCCAGCACUUUGUGGCUCUGGAAGAAAACCACAAGGCCUUGUAUUACUUCCUAGAGAUCACAUCUGCCUAUCUCCUCCUAGGUGAUAACUACAUGGCAUAUGUGCAUUUGAAUGAGGGACACAGGCUGCUGAAAAUACUCAGGAAGAAAAAAUCUUGGAGUAAGACUUUUGAGUUGGCUACUUUUUAUACCCUCAAAGGUCAGGUCUGUUUUAAUAUGGGCCAGAUGGGGCUGGCCAAGAAAACACUGAAGAAGGCACUGAGGCUUCUCAAGCGCGCCUUUCCUCACAACUUACUCUCCCUAGUUUUCUAUGAUCAUCUGGAGAAAAAGAAACACUGCCAUUAUUUCAACCAGCAGGUCCAAGCCAGCCCGCCCCCAGGGAAGGCGAGACUGGCAGAACUUUACCAGCAGGUGGCGUGCUUCUCCUUGCUGUCGAGGCUCUACAGCCUCAAUGAUCAUUUUUACCACAAAUACUACGCCCACCUGACAGCUGUGAUGCAGGUGAACACUGCGCUGGAGACACAAAAUGAUUUCCAGAUUGUGAAGGCGUUUCUGGACUACUCGCUGUUUCACCAGCUGUCUGGCUACCAAGAGAUGUGGUUCACCUAUGAGCUCAAGGCCCUGGAGCGGAUCUUCCAGCUCCCCCUGGACGGCGAGGUCGUUGAGAUGGUGGCCUACGUGGCUAGCACCCUGAGCCACAUCAAGUUCAACAUGGGCCACCUGGACUUGGCCAUCGAGUUAGGCUUCCCGGCUCAGAAGAUGUGGGCCCUGCUCCAGAGCCCCAACAAUUACUGCUUGGUGCUUGUGACCCUCUCCGGCUGUCUCCUGCUGAGGAACAGAUACAAGCAACUGAUCCAGAUGCUGGAGUUACUGUGGCAGCUGUCCGAGGAGGAGGAGCACAUUUUCAGCAAGGCGUGCUUCUAUGCCUUCUGUUUGGACAUCAUGCUUUAUUGUGGCUUUGUGUACAGACCCUUCGAGGAGUGUCUGCAGUUCAUAAAUGUCCACGAGGACAACACCAUCCUCAGGUUCCACAGCGGAAUCCUCCUGGGCUUUUACUCGGCCCUGGCGAUCUGGUAUGCCAGGCUCCAGGAAUGGGACAGCUUUUCCAACUUCAUUGGCAAAGGUAAAAGUCUCCUGUUGCGGAGGACCCCGACGACCGCUUACUACGGAGGAGUGGUGAAGUACAUGGAAGGGCAGGUGCUCCGCCUCCAAAAGCAAAUCGAAGAGCAAUGCCAAAAGGCCCAAGACAGAGGGGUGGAGCUGCUCAAGAACCUGGAGAGUCUCCUGUCUCAGAACACCAUGGGCACCGUGUUCCUCCCGCGGCUCUACCACCUGAUGGCCUACGUCUGCAUGCUCAUGGGAGAUGGGCGGAACUGCGACGUCUUCCUGACCCAGGCACUGGAGAUCUCAGAAACUCAGGGCAACGUGCUGGAGAACAGCUGGCUGCUCCAGAGCAAGGAGUGGUGGUACUCAAACGUGGAGCUCAUGGAAGACCAGUGGCUUCGCACAGUGCUGAGUCUCCCGUCCUGGGACAAACUUUCAUCAGGCAAGGUGAGCAUCCAGGAUCUUCAGAAAAACAAGUUCUUGAUGCGGGUGAAUAUCCUGGACACCCCCUUCUAACAUUUCACGAAAGAGACCAGGCAUUACUGUGAGAACCAUCGUGGUCUGACAGGACGAGCUCGGAAAAGACAUUAGGGUGCCCAGAGGACGCCUCCCAAACCGGGUGAUGGGCCAGCGCCUCUCCUCAUGAGCAUCAUGUACCUGUGCCAGCAAGGAUUCUAAGUGAAACAGCCGUAAUCCCGAUGUGGGUGUCGUUUACAUGCUUAAAGUUUACGUAUAUUGUAAGAAA